GUCAAUUCCGAUCUCUUACCGCGUUGUUUCUACGGACGCGCUUAUCACACUUAUGUGUAGUACAACUUGUAAGUUUACAAAUACAGAUACCUAAAAGUGUAACUGCAUGUUUGUACGAUUAUAUCGUCGAGUUUUGCAUGUUUUUUUUUGUUUUACGAUUAAUUAUCUAUUAGCGCUAUUCGUUACAGAACAAAAGAACGUGCGGUUUUCUGAUAUUCCGAUUUUUAUCCGUUAGUUAAUAGUUAUCGAUCCCAGUGACUGUCGAGAGCAACUUAGUGCGUGCGGGAGUUUUGUUUAUACCGGGUAAUUCCCUAAUUAACAUUCCGUAAAGUUGUUUGCGUAUUUCAAUGUUUUAAAUAUAUUUAUUAUAAAAAACUGAUUUUGGUGGAUUUGGAAGUAUUUUUAUCUCAAAUAAAAAAUUGGAUUAACUAUCACACAAUAUGGAAAAAAAUAAUGUACUGAUGAUGGUGUGGAAAAGUUUUACAAUCUUGUGUACAUUAUCAACGGUAACGUGUGCCUCCUAUCAAAUCGGUGCCCCUAACAAUACAGACAUUGAGUUCGUUCUUAUCAAUGAUAAUAAUCCUUGUCAUCGAACUUGUGUAAAAGGUAGUGAGCCUAUGAGAUGCCAUUACACAUUUUCGGUGGAAUGGUACAGAACGAUGAGUAAGGCAUGCUAUUUAUGCCCAUUUUCGCCGGAGGAUUGCGAUCUACCCCAUUGCAUACCAGGAGAAGGCAGCAAAAGAACAAUUGCAGUAGUUAAUAGGCAAAUGCCUGGACCAAGCAUUGAGGUUUGCCUGGGAGACGAAGUAAUAGUGGAUGUUACUAAUAAGCUCCUUUCCGACUCAACAUCAAUGCACUGGCAUGGCUUUCAUCAAACGGGCACCCCAUACAUGGAUGGCGUACCUUAUGUGACACAGUGUCCCAUUCAACCCGGUGCCACUUUUAGAUACCAUUUCAAAGCCGAAAAUUACGGAACACAUUUUUGGCAUUCACACUCAGGGUUUCAAAGGGCAGAUGGAGUCUUUGGACCCUUUAUCGUACGAGUUCCUGACGAGUUUAACCCGCAUAUCAGUCUUUACGAUUACGAUUUGUCAGAACAUAUCGUUAUGAUAAUGGAUUGGGGUACUGAGCUUGGAAUUGAUAAAUAUGCUGCUCAUCAUCAUAGCGAUGGUGAUAACAAGCCAAGAUCCAUACUUGUGAACGGUAGGGGGAUGUCCAAAGGGUUCCUUAUAGACACCAAUACCACUACAUACAUUCCACCAGCCAGGUUUGUCGUUGAAAAGAACUACCGAUAUAGGUUCAGAGUCACAAAUUCUGGAUUUCUUAAUUGCCCUAUUGAAAUGUCCAUCGAUAACCAUACACUCACUGUGAUUAGUAGUGACGGAAAAGACAUAGAACCUGUAGAGGUUGAUUCAUUGGUAUUAUAUGCUGGAGAACGUUUCGACUUUGUUCUCAAUGCCAACCAGGAGAUCGAUUUGUAUUGGAUGCGAUUCAGUGGCCUCAUGGAUUGUGAUGCAAGGUUCACAAGUGUUUUUCAAGGAGCUGUAUUACAAUACAAAAAUGCAUCUGAAACAGGCAAUCCAUCAUCUUUAUUGGAUUAUGCUUCAUCUCACAGACAAGGAUUGCAACUUAAUCCCCUUAAUAAAGGCACGGAAGACAACGAAACUAUCACAAUGCCAAAAUUGGUAUCUUUAGAUGGAUGGGAUGACACUUUGAAAGAAAAGCCUGAUUACCAAUUCCAUUUGGCUUACGAUUUUUACAAAAUAAAUAAUCCUCACUUCCACCAAGGGGACCUUUAUGGAUUUUUCAAUGUGAGCAACCCUAAACAACGCCUUUUGACUCCUCAAUUAAAUCGCAUCUCAAUGACGUACCAAGACGUUCCAAUUCUUCAAGGAAGGGACACGAUAGACGACAAAAACUUCUGCAAUUCUUCAACCAUCGAAGCUCAGGACUGUGCAGAUGAUUAUUGUGAAUGUACUCAUGUCCUACAGGUUGCAUUGAAUUCGGUAGUAGAGUUAGUGAUGAUUGAUGAAGGAUUUGCUUAUGAUGCUAAUCAUCCCUUCCAUCUGCAUGGUAAUUAUUUCAGAGUGGUGGCCAUGAAAAGACUGGGCUCCAAUACGACUUUGGAAGAGGUUAAACGACUGGAUGCGGAAGGGAAAAUAAAAAGAAACCUCAUGGAUGCUGUUGUCAAAGACACUGUGACUGUGCCAGAUGGCGGAUACACGAUAUUGAGGUUUAAAGCGGAUAAUCCAGGAUAUUGGAUGAUGCACUGCCACAUUGAUUUCCACGUGGAGAUAGGGAUGGCGGUUAUUUUUAAAGUUGGUGAAAACCACGAAAUGCCCCCUGUUCCAAAAGACUUUCCCACAUGCGGUAACUAUCUCCCUGAAAUCAGCAAACUACCAACAAUAAACCCUUGCAUUAAAAAGGAAUCAAUAUAUUCUUUGAAAUAUUGGUUCCCAACGUUUUUCGACGAUUCAUGUAACUCAUCCUCAGGCAGUUCUUCUAUUGACAGCAACAGAAUUUCUGUGAUAGUUUUGGUGUUAAUUUUUACUAAAUUCUUUUGUUAAUUAGUUCGUUAUUAGUAAUUCAGUUAUUAACAAAAUCACAUCACUGGAGAUCACAGUUUCUGGAAAUUAAACAAAAUAUAUUUUGUGUCCCAGUGUUGUAAUGACAGUAUUUAUUGUACAUUAUUUUUCAUCCCA